AUGAGGGUUGAAUCGUAUCAAGGGAUAGUUGAGAGUAUAACAUCUAAUGGUGUUAUUAGUGCAAAAUCUGUUGGUAAGCGUGUUCUUCUUCCUAAGACCUUUACAGGUGGCCCGCGUGAUCUACGUUGUCGUUACAUGAAUGCGCUGGCACUUGUCGCGAAAUUUGGACGCCCAGAUAUUUUUCUCACAAUGACUUGUAAUCCAAAGUGGGUGGAAAUUCAAAGUGAAUUAUUUCCUGUUGAGAAGAGUCAUAAUAGAGCUGAUUUGUAUGCAAGAGUUUUCAGGGCAAAAAAUGAGGAACUAAAAAAGGAAAUUGUAAAAGACUCUUUGUUUGGGGUAGUUGCAGCUUAUUUUUAUGUGAUUGAAUUUCAGAAAAGAGGCCUUCCACAUGUUCAUUGGUUGAUAAUAUUACAACCACGAUAUAAGGUGACUUCAACUGAGGCUUAUGAUCGAUUUGUAUCUGCUGAGAUUCCAGAUCUUGACCUGACUCCACAUCUACAUUCUUGUGUUAUUAAUCAUAUGAUGCAUGGGCCAUGUGGUGAACUCAACCCAAAGAAUGCAUGCAUGAUAGGGGAAAAAUGCAAAAGUUAUUAUCCUAAAGAGUUUAAGUUAAACACUGAACAUCGGUUGGACUCAUACCCUGACUACAGGCGUAGAGAUGAUGGAAAAAAGGUUUUGGUGCGUGGCAAGUGGUUGGAUAACAGAUGGGUGGUCCCUUAUAAUGCUUAUUUGUUGGCAAAGUUUGAUUGCCAUAUUAAUGUCCAAGUUUGUACGGAUGUUAGAUCAGUGAAGUAUCUUUACAAAUAUGUUUGUAAGGGUAAUGAUCAAAUAGCAUACAAUAUUGUUGAUGUUGAAUCUACAGAGCCAAUAGAUGAGAUUUCUGAUUUUCAAAAGUCACGGUGGCUUUGUGCUCCGGAAGCUAUGUGGCGAAUUUAUGGAUUUGAUAUUUUUGAUAUGUAUCCAUCAGUUUUGCAAUUACACGUGCAUUUGUCGGGGUAUCAACAGGUUUUCUUCGCGGCCAACCAAUCUCUUCCGAAAAUUGUAGAUUCUGAUCGUGCUAACAGGACACAACUUACAGAGUUUUUUGAGAUGAAUAAAUUUGUUGAAGUUGCAGCACUAAAUUUAUUGUAUCGGGAAUUUGUUGAACAUUUUGUAUGGAGCUUACAAACUAGGAGGUGGACACCGCGCUCUAGGUUAGGAACAAUUGGUAGACUUGUCUCUGUCAAUAUUACAGAAGUGGAGCGUUUUUAUCUAAGGCUUUUGCUGAAUCAUGUUAGGGCUCCAACAUCUUUUGAAGAUUUGAAAACAUCAAAUGGAGUAUUGUUUUUGUCUUUUCGGGAGGCAGCUCUUGAUAGAGGCUUGUUGGAUUCUGACAACGAUGUUAGGCAUGCGAUUCACGAAGCUGCAACUUAUCAAAUGCCGUCUGCUCUGCGAAAAUUAUUUGCGAUUAUACUUACCAUGUAG